AAAAAAACGUUAUUUUUACUUUUACAGUAUACGUAAAAUUGUAGUAUAGUUUAUCGGAAUUGGGUUUGUCUUUGGCAUUCAAAAAGAUUUCAAGAACGCAACAUAACCUGCAUCAAAGACACUUAUAAUCAAAUCUUUCAGUCAAAAAUAAAGGAAGGAAUGAUAUGGCAUCGCAAAGUAAAGAUGAUCGGAAUGAUCUGCACUAUGCCUAUAAUUCUGUGUAUACUCUAUUAUUCUACAUGGACGCCGUCAGUAAUAAUAAUCAAGAAUCAGGAGCAAACCGACAGGAGGCCUAAUACUCUUGCUACCACAUCCAAUAGUUUAACAACAAUGAGUAAGAAUUUAACGACAAUAAAAACAGAAGCAUAUAGUUGGAAAAAUGCUGCUAACAGAUUCUAUAUGAGGAAGAAGCACCUCCAUGGAAUAUGUAGCAAGAAGUCACAUAUUGACCCCCGGCUUAGGUAAAGAAUGCUGUAUUUGAAUUUUUGAUAUGAAGGAAGUUGAAAAGUUGGAAGAAGGCGAAGUACGUGGUGUUUGUGUAUUAGGCCGGUGGGUAAAGAAUCACAAUUUUCUCGUAGAUAUGCCACACAAACUUAUGAUAUGUGCUGUACCCAAGACUGGUACGACGACUUGGCACAGAACUCUUUGGACCAUGAGAAGAAAGCGUGAAGGCCUUGAUGCACCUCAAUCAUUGUACAACCAUAAAAUAAGCGUAUUCAACCAAGCCAUGGUAAUGAAAUUAAAUUCUAGAGAGGGAGGGAUUCUGAUGCGGCAUACAACGGGAGACGACAAUUUUUAUACUGAUCCACCAGCUGAUGCUAGUUUUCGUAUCUUAUUGACUCGCCACCCAUUCGCAAGAUUGAUAUCGGGUUGGAAUCAGAAAUUUAUGGUGAAAUCAAAUUACUGGGCCUAUUUAUUUAAAACCUUCAAACGUCUCUUGGAUUACAAGAGAGAUGUUGACACAGAUUACGUGAUGAGUUUCAGAGACUUUUCCAGAUAUAUAAUAGAUAAUGCACUUUCUGGGCAAAUAGAUUUUCACUUCAUUCCUGCAACUAUGCUCUGUAAACCAUGCUAUUAUGAUUUUACAUACAUAGUGAAAGCUGAAAGCGUAGCCAUUGACGAACCAUGGUUUCUCAAUCGACUAAAUCUCACGGACGUUUACGCCGGAAGAAAAGGAGUUCCUCCAGGAGGAAGCGUUGUCAAUGGAGAUUUAGUUGAAAACAUUAAAAAAUAUAUGAAGACUUUGAGUCCGAAAUUGAUCAAAGCACUCUACUGGACCUACAAAGACGAUUUUGAAUAUUUUGGGUAUACUUUCAAUUUUGACACGUUGGAAGCUGGCGGUUUCGAAUAGUGAGUCUGGUCCAAAUAAUUCAAAUUCUUCUUCUCGUUUUUAUUGUUAUUUUCGACAAAAUUAUAAAAACAGGACGAUGUUGUUUAUGAGCAAAAUUAGGUGAGA